CUCUCUCCCACAUUCUCUGCUUCAACACAACAACACACUUCAUCUCACAUGGCAUCAUCACCACCCAACCCUCCUCCAUUUUCAACCACAGACCCAGAAGCUCUGCAGCUUCCCACCGCCGCCACCACUGACACCCCUCCAACCACCGCUUUCUCCGCCGUACAGAAACUAAAACGCAACUUAAUCCUCCACUCAACAUGGGCUGAACUCAACGGAGCCAUGGGCGACCUCGGCACCUACAUACCCAUCGUUCUCUCACUCACCUUAGCCAAAAACCUCAACCUGGGCACCACAUUGAUUUUCACAGGGAUGUACAACAUCAUCACCGGCGCAAUCUACGGCGUCCCCAUGCCGGUUCAGCCCAUGAAGUCCAUCGCCGCCGAGGCCCUCUCCGACCCCAACUUCGCCGUGCCGGAGAUCAUGGCCUCCGGGAUAUUGACCGGAGCCGUGUUGAUGGUUCUGGGUUGUACAGGGUUGAUGCAGUUGGCCUACAAGCUCAUUCCUCUAUGCGUUGUCAGAGGGAUUCAGCUCGCACAGGGCUUGUCUUUUGCCUUCACUGCUGUGAAAUAUGUUAGAAAAGUGCAGAAUCUGCCUAAGUCUAAAGCCUUGGAGAAUCGGCACUGGUUUGGAUUUGAUGGGUUGGUUUUAGCACUUGUAUGUGUCUGUUUUAUUGUCUUAGUGAAUGGUGCUUCUGGUGAUGAUCAGGAUCAAAAUGAUGGUAAAGAAACUAGUAGAAACUAUGAUUUGGGGGGUGUUGAAGGGGAAAGGAAAAGGAGUAGUAGAGUGAAGAAGAUAAUUUUCUCAAUUCCUUCUGCUUUUAUAGUGUUUGUGUUGGGUGUGAUUUUGGCUUUCGUGAGAAGGCCAGGGGUGGUGCAUGAAAUCAAAUUUGGGCCUUCCUCUAUAGAGGUAGUGAAAAUUUCUAAGCAUGCAUGGAAGGAAGGUUUCAUCAAGGGGACAAUUCCUCAGCUUCCAUUGUCAGUUUUGAACUCUGUGAUAGCUGUUUGCAAACUUUCCUCUGACCUGUUUCCAGGGAAGGAUUUCUCAGUGACUUCACUUUCAGUGACAGUGGGUUUGAUGAACCUUGUGGGUGGGUGGUUUGGGGCCAUGCCAAGCUGCCAUGGUGCUGGUGGGUUAGCUGGACAGUACAAGUUUGGUGGGAGGAGUGGAGGGUGUGUGGCAAUUCUUGGUGCAGCCAAAUUGGUGUUGGGUUUUGUGUUGGGAACUUCUUUAGCUCAUUUUUUCAACCAAUUUCCAGUGGGAAUCUUGGGGGUUCUGCUUUUGUUUGCUGGGAUUGAAUUGGCCAUGGCUUCAAGGGACAUCAAUACCAAAGAGGAUUCUUUUGUGAUGCUUAUUUGUACGGCUGUUUCUCUGGUGGGAUCAAGUGCUGCUCUUGGAUUUUUGUGUGGAAUGAUUGUUAGUGGACUUCUUUGGUUAAGGACUUGGAUAACUAGCAGCAAGCCGACUUCUAGAGAUGGGUAGGACUAUAGUGGAUAGUGAAGCUUUUCCCACCAAGCAUUCACAAGAACUUCUACUUAAACUACAGGAAUCUCCCUCAUAUACUUGCUUAUCUAGUGUUAUCUUGUGUAAUUACCACUCAUUAUGUAUGAUAGUUAAUGUGUUUGGGUGCAUGUUACCUCACAAUGCGAAGUAAGAUAACUGCAUAAAAUGGUUUUUAGUAUGCACAAAUCAUGGAUUUUCAC